UUGAUGGUUAGUUCUGGACACUGAAUUUAUUUUUGUCAGAGCCAAUAUGGCGCUCAUUUGCUCAAUUUGCCAAGAAGUACCAGAAGAGCCUGUUCUCUCAGUUGUCUCCAACCACGUGUUUGAGAGGCGCCUUAUCCUAAAGUAUCUGCAGGAGAACGGGACUGACCCUAUUAAUGGAGAGCCUUUGGAAGAGAGCCAAUUACUGGAGAUUAAAUCUUCGCCAUUGGUAAAGCCUAGACCUCCCUCUGCUACCAGCAUCCCAGCAAUUUUGAAACUGUUACAAGAUGAAUGGGAUUCUUGCAUGCUGCAUACUUUUACACUUCGUCAGCAACUACAGACAGCAAGACAAGAACUCUCCCAUGCUUUGUACCAGCACGAUGCUGCCUGUCGCGUGAUUGCUCGACUCACAAAAGAAGUGAAUGGGGCCAGAGAAGCUCUUGCUACUCUUAAACCUCAGGCAGCUGCUUAUAUGCCUCCAGGCGCUACUGAAGCUCCGACUGGUGCUGAAGCAAUGGACAAUACUGAAGCUGGUCCAACUGAAAUGACAGAAGAAAUAUUACAACAACUACUAGAGACAGCUGCCAUGCUCACGGCUGACCGUAAGAAGAGAGGCAAGAAGAAACCUGAAGGAUUAUGUACGGUAGAGGAGAUGAAGACAUUUGAACAGAAAUCAUCUCAUCCAGGUCUUCACAGCUCAAGCGUUCCGGGAAUAUUGGCACUCGACGUGUCUGCCGACUCAAAACGAGUUCUCACAGGUGGAGCGGAUAAGACUGCCAUCGUGUUUAUAAAAGACACUGAACAGAUUUAUGCUACCAUGAAAGGUCAUACCAAGAAGAUUUCAAGCGUCAUCUAUCACCCGAAAGUGGAAUUGGCUAUCACCGGUUCUGCUGAUUCGACCGUGAGGGUGUGGUCGAUUGAUACAAGCGUUUGUGCUCAGACUAUUAAAGCUCAUGACGGAGGUGUGACUAGUGUUAGUCUCCAUCCAACUGGGAGCUAUCUGCUAACAUCGUCUACAGAUGAUUAUUGGGCGUUUUCUGACAUUACGAGUGGUCAUGUAUUGACGAAAGCUAACAGUCCCUCUGGACCAACUGCUUUGACUUGUGCCCAGUUCCAUCCUGAUGGCCUUAUUUUUGGUACUGGAACGGCUAGCAGCGAGGUGAGGAUUUGGGAUCUCAAAGAACGUACGAAUGUUGCUAAUUUCCAAGGACACUCCGGAGCCAUUACCAGUAUUGCAUUCUCUGAGAAUGGUUAUUAUCUUGCUACUGGGGCAGAGGAUUCACAAGUUCAGCUCUGGGAUUUGAGAAACUUGAAAAACUUUGAGACGAUCAAUCUUGGAAAAGGAUAUGAGGUUAAGAAUGUUUCAUUUGAUGUCAGUGGUACUUACCUUGCCAUAGCAGGAACUGAUAUACAGGUCUACCUCUGCAAGCAAUGGGAUCAGUUAGCCACACUCAAAGAUCAUACUUCUGUUGUAAAUGGUAUCAAGUUUGGACACAAUGCCUCGUUCCUCGCCAGCUGCAGUAUGGAUAGAACCCUGAGGUUCUUUGCUCCGCAAUAAUACCAAAAACUCACCCACUCUCUCAUAGCAUCUCUUGACAUUCAUCAUAAUGCAUGUAUGUCACGUUUUGUGACCAUGUACAUGUUUUAUGAUAGUUUGUUAUUGUGAAUGAUUUCCUUUUUAAGAGAUGGUAAUGGUUUGUGUUUUCCACCAA